UCGCUCGCCGGUGUGCUCGCUCCUUUCAUAAACGACGAGAGAAGGAGAAGCAUAUUUUGCCGGUUUCGCACGGUUUCGCAGCCCGGCAUUUAAUCCGUCGUCGCGGAGUAGUGUAACGGCACAGUGUAGCCUUCGUUGCCGAGGGAGUAGCCAUCUCUACCUGUACCGAAGCGGCGCUGAUCGAGGCAGGAGAAAUGUCGGACGAGGUGUACUCAAACGAGACGCCGUUCUUGAAACUUGAUUGCCGUGUCGCAUUCGAGGGGCUCAGCGAUCGGGAAAAGAAGUAUGCUCACUACCUCAGCCGAGCAUCUUGGUUCGGUGGCCUCAUCGUCCUCUUCCAGACAUCUCGUGAGAGCCCACUCAUCUUUUUGCUGCUUGAGCGCCUGUUCCGGGCACAGAACUUGGAAUCGCUCAAAGCUUUGGCUCUGGAAAAGGCUGGCUUCGAUGAGGGAGAGUUCAAGGCCCUGCUUGUUUAUGCUGCGGCGUUCUACUCCAACAUGGGAAACUACAAAGGCUUUGGAGACAACAAGUUCAUACCGGGCGUGGCAAAGGACAAACUGGAGAAGCUUUUGAGGCUGAGCAAGGCUUGGGAGGCAGAGCCUGCAACGCUAGAGCACCUCUGGUCCGAGGUGUCCGAUCCGCUGUACUCGCUCCGCGACUCCGAGAAGCAUCUUGGUUUCCCACCCAAGGCGACCACCACCUACUUUUCAAAGAGCUGUACAGAGAAGGAUGCAGAACUUGUGUCCAGCUACAUGAAGCGGAAGGGUAUUGAGGGCUACAUUACGAGGCUAUUCAAGCGACCGGCUGCUGGGUCUGGUGACCAGGAUCACUACGAGAUCCGCUUUGCAUCCGUGCUACCUACAGAGGACCCCGAAAAUGCCAAGUUUCUGGUGUGUGACGUGAUGAACAACAGCAGGGUCACCUUUACACGGGGCGACUACUCGCCACUGCUCAAGUUUACCGUCGACAACCUUCGGCUUGCUCAGGAGAAUGCGGCCAACGACACACAGCGGCAAAUGCUGGGCAAGUACAUUGAGAGCUUCACAGUGGGCAGCCUCGACGCCCACAAGGAUGGCUCCCGCUUCUGGAUUCGCGACAAGGGGCCCAACGUUGAAUCGUACAUAGGAUUUAUAGAGACGUACAGGGAUCCAGCCGGUAUACGUGGUGAAUUCGAAGGCUUUGUCGCCAUGGUGAAUCGGCCUCAGAGUGAGAAGUUUGGCGCGCUGGUGGAAAGGGCCGAGGCCCUGCUGAAGCUGCUUCCAUGGCCAAAGAGCUUCGAGAAGGAUCGCUUCCUACGACCCGACUUCACCUCGCUCGACGUCCUCACUUUCGGCGGGAGUGGCAUACCUGCGGGCAUCAACAUUCCAAAUUAUGAUGAAAUACGGCAAAACGAGGGCUUCAAGAACGUUUCGCUGGGCAACGUCAUCAAUGCUGAUGACAAGUCUUCCAAGGCGAACUUUAUGACAGCCGAUGAUAACGAGCUCUUCAACAGGUUGAAAAACCAGGCAUUUGAGGUUCAAGUAGGCCUGCAUGAGCUCCUGGGCCAUGGCAGCGGCAAGUUGCUCGUGCAGCGCAAGGAUGGCACCUUCAACUUUGACCACGAGCACGUCAAAGUGCCUCACGUUGGCCUGGGAGCGGAUCCCGAGGCCAAGGUGACAAGCUGGUACAAGGAAGGCGAGACGUACGACUCGGUCUUUGGGGCUCUAGGCUCGUCCUACGAGGAGUGCCGGGCAGAGUGUGUUGGGCUGUACCUCUGUACGGUCGAAGACGUCCUCAAGCUGUUUGGCUUUGAGGGUGACCUGGGCCGGGACGUUGCGUACGUCAAUUGGCUCUCCAUGGUGGUCAAGGGAGUCGAGGGAAUGCAGACGUACAACCCACACACCAAGUCCUGGCUCCAGGCUCACUCGCGUGCCCGGUUUGUGAUCAUGCGUGUGCUUCUGGAGGCAGGCGACCUGGUGCAGAUCCGCAAGACGACAGGCGAGGAUGGCAAGCCGGACUUGCUCAUUACCAUUGACCGAACCAAAAUCCUCUCCUUUGGCCGCCCCUGCAUCGAGCAGUUCCUCCUGAAGCUACAGCUGUUCAAGUCAACGGCCGACCUUCGUGCAGCCACGGAGAUGUACGACCGAUAUUCUGAAGUGAGCGAUGUCGGCCAAUAUCCCUUCCUGAAGUAUUGGGACAUCGUGAUGGCUCGCAAGAAGCCCCGGCGCAUUUUCGUCCAGAGCAACACAGUUCUCAAUGGUGACAAAGUGGAGCUCAAGGAGUACGAGUCUACUCCAGAGGGUCACCUGCAGUCGUGGCUCGAGCGUUUUGACGCAAGUACAGCCAAAGAACUCGACCGGGUCGUUCUGGACUUGUGGAAAAAGGACAAGGACCAGUUUUGAAGAUUUUACGUUUAAAGCCAUCAACACUGUCUGUUUCAUCGUGCAGUCUUCAAGGUUGCACGUGAUGAGGCUUACAAUCGCUUGUGCAUAAGACAAUAAACUAAGUAUUGUUUUGUACAUUUUAAAAGAAGGCCCAAAGACAUCUGAAGGCAACAAGUGUCUGCGUGGUAUAAUACAGCAGCAGCCUGGCUUGCAGAGCUACACUAAAACUUCUUUCUGUUAACGAACCUGGAUAUAACAAAAUAUCGAAGAAAAUGAAGAAUAGUCUUUGAAUAGUUGCAGUGUUAGGAACAUACGUUUAUAACAAAUUUUCGGACGUAAUAAACUUAUUUUCGUGCGAGAUG